CUCUUGUUUCUCUCGUCAACCGUGUGUGUGCCAGUCAUUCGCUAUACGUCAAGCACCACCCGUCAACCAUGAAGUUCGCGUCUGCCAUCUUGACCGGCGCCGCCGCCGUCAAGGCUCUUAGCAUCCCCCAGAAUGUCGACAAGCGCGAGGAGCUCGUGCCCAUCACCACGGGCUUCACCAUGAAGCCCUUCCUUACCGAGCUUGUCGAGGCCGUCAACGACGGUGCCGACCUCACCGAGAUCCUCACCAAGCCUGCCGGCGAUAUUCUCAGCGUGGGCAUCGCCGAUGUCAACGCCACCAUCCACCUCGGCCUCUCCACCGUCGGCCUCGCCAUCAACUCUGGCGGCCGUGUGAGCGACGACGACGUCAGCCGCAUCGAGUCCACCGCCGGCUCCGCCUCGCGCGUCGGCGACAACGCCCGCGGAUCCUGCUCCAACCCCAAGGUCCGUGUCGAGUGGCGCAACAUGCAGCCCGUCCAGCGCAAGGCCUUUGUCAACGCGAUCGUCUGCCUCUGGAACGCGCCCUCCAAGGGCCUGGCCCCUCCGGCCACCAACCGCUACGAGGAGCUCGUCUGGGUUCACCAGCAGAUGGUCAACAAGGUCCACCAGUCCGGCAUGUUCCUCAUCUGGCACCGUUACUACACCCACCUCUUCGGGCGCAUGCUGCGCGAGGAGUGCGGCUACCCGGGUGCCUACCCCUUCCCGUGGUGGGAUGAGACCAAGGACUCUGGCAACUUUGCCGCCUCUGGCCUCUUCACCGCCGACUACUUUGGCGCUCUUCCCCAGCUCAACAACGGCCAGGGCACCUGCGUGACCAAUGGCCCCUUUGCCGGCAAGCGCCUCCACAUUGGACCCGGCGGUGGCAACCAGGACCGCUGCCUGUCGCGUGGUGAGAACCGCGAUCUGACCCGCCAGGUCAGCGCCGCCUUCGUCAACUCCUGCAACUCCCGUUCCACCUACGCCCAGAUGCGCGAGUGCACCGAGUUCGGCCCUCACGCCUAUGGCCACAACGGCCUCGGCCCCGUCAUGUCUGACGUCGCCGCGUCUCCUGCUGAUCCCGUAUUCUUCUUACACCACGCCUUCAUCGACAGAAACUUCUGGAAGUGGCAGAGCCAGGCGGCGUCCCGCUGGACCGACAUCUACGCCUGCGCCGCCCCCGGAAACCCCUGCCCGAUCAUGGGUCUCGACACCGUCAUCUCCUCGAUGGGCCUGCGCCCGGACGUCCGCGUCCGUGACAUCCUUGAUGCCGAGGGCUCGUGGCUCUGCUACUCCUACGACUACUAAGCGUUUGUGGUCGUCGUGUGUGAAGAGUAAGAUGAUGACCUGCGACUCAGUGGUGUGUAUAUACGCGCGCUUGCCACAAGUAUGGGGAAGGGGGGGAAACUUUGAGCCCUGGUACAUUCAGCAUUUGCAGAUGGUGACACAGCAUGCACACAGCCUUUUGAUUGAUGCUCGAUACCCGCGCGUUGUUGGGAGGGGGAGGCUAUUUUUUAUCUUGACACCGGCGGUGGCGCUGCCAUAUAAUGACUCCGACACUUCGAUACCACUCAUUACCACCAACUACUAGACGUGUUCAUACGAACGGACAUAUAUAUAUGCAUCACGAUAUAUAUACAUACAUAUACUCCCUUUUCUAAAACUUAAUUGCUAA